CCACGCCGCGCUCCAGGCGCUGGCAGCGGGGAGCGGGGCCGGAUGGUGCCGGUGCUGCCUGGCCUGUUCGUGGGCGGCGCGGCGGCCGGGGCCCUGCAGGCGGCGGGGGUGGUGGCGCUGCUCUCGGUGGAGGCGGAGGAGCCGCCCCCGGUAGCGGGGAUCCGGACCCUGCAUGUCCCGGCGCGGGACGAGCCCGGCACCGACCUGCUGAGCCACCUCGACUCCUGCGCCGCCUUCCUCAGCGCGGCCCGGGCCGGGGGCGGCGCCGCCCUGGUGCGAUGCCAUGCUGGAGUCAGUCGAAGUGUUGCUGUAGUGACGGCGUAUUUAAUGAAAACCAACAAUCUCACCUUCGAAGAGGCUUAUGCCACUAUCAAAGCCAUCAAAUCAGAUGCCAAAAUGAACGAAGGCUUUGAGUGCCAGCUGAAACUCUAUGAAGCAAUGGGCUGUAAAGUUGAUGUGAGCAGUGCCAUUUACAAACAGUAUCGCUUGCAAAGAGUUACAGAGAAAUAUCCUGAGCUGCAAGACUUGCCACAAGAAGUCUUUGCAGUUGACCCAACCAGCAUUUGUCAAACUCUGAACAGUGAAGUUCUCUACAGGUGUAGAAAAUGCAGACGUUCCCUAUUUCGUAGUUCGAGCAUUUUAUCCCAUGCUGAAGGAAGUGGACCAGCAGCCUUUGCUCACAAGAGGAUUACAGAUCCUGCUCAGCUUCGUAACGACAGUCAAGUUAAAUGUACCUCUUAUUUCAUUGAGCCUGUACAGUGGAUGGAGCCAGUAUUGUUAGGAGUGAUGGAAGGACAGCUUCUGUGCCCCAAAUGCACUUCGAAGUUGGGCUCCUUCAGUUGGCGUGGUGAACAGUGUUCGUGUGGCCGCUGGGUGACUCCUGCCUUCCAGAUUCACAAGAGUCGGGUGGAUGAAAUGAAAGCGCUGCCAGUUUGUGGAUUCCAAACUCCCAAAACGUGAAUGCUGGUGUUUGCUGGCUUUAGUGACUCCCCUGAGGUUCUCUGAGAACUGUUGCCUGUUAUAGUGUAUCGCUGUGGUCAGCAGUCACCUCCUUCUGUUAGCAUGAGGGUAGUUUGGCACUGCUGGAACAUACAGUUGUAGCACAAGCUUCUAGUGUUUAUAAACACAUGCAUCUGUGCAAGAGAGUUAAAGAUGGGCUGGAUGACUCUCCUUGGGGCUUCUUGUAUUUCAUAGAUUUGAGGAGCCAUAUGAAUUAAUGGAAAAAAUCCACUGACAUCUUUUUAAAAAAACAUUGGUGAAAUAUUGCUGACUGGAGAGCCUGCAAGUGUGAAGUGCUAAUAAACUCCAUCUAGUCAUGCCUAUGGUCUUGCAAAAUAUUUGGCAAGGUGUUGGAACACAUUUGACACUGGUAAAUACAGAGCAAGAAAGGCAAAUUUUGAAACCAGAGUGGUGGUGUGAAGGCUCUUUAGUUUAGAAGGACGAUUGCAUGUGGCUUUUGCUUGUGGGCUAUCAUUUCAUAGUAGCAUUUCUGUAAGACCAGUUCCCAAGGUCCUAUGUGAAGGUAGAUGUUUAUGAAGCAUUCUGAAAAGGGAAUGCAUGCUGUAUGAUAUGGGCUUAUGGCCAGAACACAGCAUUGGGGAUGUGGAAUUCUGUUCCACUCUCUUCUGUAAACUGUGUGUGCGGCUGUGGCAAGCUACUUCUCCUCUGCCCCAAUCUCUCCAGUUUCCUCAGUUGGAAAAGGGAGGUGAUCAUUUUUUGUAAAUCACUUGAAAUCUUUGGAUAGAAGGUGCUGUAUAUGUACUGUUCAGUCGUAGUGAUGGUCGGUCUCUUCUGAGGUUGGUUCUUCAACUUUUGUUUAAUUUAGAUCAAAAAACUGUUUCAAGUGAAGUUAGUAAAUGGAUGUUGAGACAAUUUUCGAUGAAUGCCACUUUGCAACAGGAAACUAAACAAGUCACUGAACAAUUUUUCACAGACCUCAUAGGUAGCAGGGGGAGAGCAGUACCAGGUUUACAAUGGUUCUGGUGGUGCUAGGCCCACACUUGGAAGGGCCCCACAAAGGGUUGCCACAGCUGAGCAAUGUGAAGAGACAGCAACUUCCCAGUGCCAGCUGAAACGCUCAGCAUCCUGAGGAGCGCAGUGCGCAUGUGCAAAAGGGACUGGGUGUUGCAGGGUGUGCUGGGAGUUGUAGUUUGCACACCGCUGUGUUCCGCUGGGGCCCUGGGACCUGUGCUGGCAGCUGCACUACUAGUUCCAGAAUGCCCUGUGCCAUGCUACCAGCCACCCCAGCUGAAGUGGUUGGAGCGGAUCAAAAAGAAACCCCAAGCAAGGAAAUGGUCUGGUGCAGGGACUGGGUUUCUGGAGCUAAUCCCGCUGCAUUCCCUUCCCUCCCUCCCUCUUGGAGCUCCUGGCUCCCCUCCACCCCUGAGUCUCACUCUCCUGGAGCGGUGGGGAACUGGGGGCAGCCCCCCAGUGAACAUGAUGCCCGGGGGCUCCUAGGCACUGUCUCGACCCUGCACUUCGGGGUGGGGGAUGGUUGUCUGUGGUGCCUGGGAGCAGGGGGUGCGGUGACUGGCUGUCACGCCCCCUGCCAAUGGGAAUGCUCAGAAACUGCCCCCCUGCACUCUGGGGAGGGGAGAGGGUGCAGCCUUGUUUUGGGUGGAAGGGGCAGUUGUGGGGUGCAGUGGGGGAGCUGGCAGUGACUCAGUGUGGGGGGUGUAGGAGAAGCAGGGUGUUAAGGUGGGGUUGGUGUGACGGGGCAGAGGGAGGGAGGGGAGAGUCUGGGUGCAAGGUGGGGUUUGGCUCAGUGUGUGGGGGGUAGUAGAAGAGGGAGGUGACAGCCCUGGGGUGAAAGUGUGUGUAGGGGUGAACAGUAGCAGGGAGAUUGAGGAGAGCCUUUGUUAGGAGGUUAGUUGUGUGGGAUGAGGACAGUAGGAGGGAUGCGGGGAGAGCUGGAGGUUGGAUUGUGGUAGCCUUUGUGGUAAAGUGUAUAUUUUCUCUCAGUGGCCCUUUCUCCCUGCAAAAGAUGGGCACCAGCAAUUUUCCUCCCCACACUCCACCCCAAAGUUUUGUAAACAUUAUCGUACCAAAGUAGAAAAUGCAGCUUCCAAAAAAUGUAUUUACAAAACACAGCUUUGGGGUGGAGGAGGUGGUGAUGGGGAGAUGCAAGUGCGACACCACUGACUGUUACAUCCAGGCUUAAUAUGGCUCAUACAUGUGCUAAUUAAGCACUUGUGUUCAGGCCCCAAGCAGGCCCUGAGUGUUUAAAGAAAAAAGACAAAACUAACUAACAACCUCCUACCACACAAACCAAAUUCAAUAGUAUUCUGGGUACAUUGAUGUUAGCCCAGUUUGUUCUCUAUGGGCUGAGUGGGGGUCUCAGUGUGGCUUCAAAUAUCGUAUUUUGUUUUUGAAUAAAUGUUUUCAUCCCCAUCUUGGCAAUACUACAUUUACUAUGGCAUCAAUGGUGCUGUCACGCCGGGCCCACACUUGAAAGGGGCCCAUCACAACCACAUGGGGACCCACAAAUAUGUUUGGCGCAGGGCCCACAAAAAGUUAAUCCGGCCCUUGGGGAGAGUCUCAGUUGUCUUCCUCCCUGUAAUGCUUCAGUCUCUGAGAGAGAGGCAGGAUAAUCUAACAGAGCUUUACCAUCUCUACUUUCCAAUUCUAUGACUUCUGCACUGUACUGAGAAUAAAGUUUACCGUGGGCUACUACUAAAGGAGAUGAGUCCUUAUAACACAUGACUCUGCUGAAAGACAACUUCUCUUGCUUUUUUGAGGAUGAAGGGCCAGAUCCACAAAGGAACUUAAUGCCUAUCUUUUAGGCACCUAGAAAGUCACUGGAACAAUGUUGGGAUCCACAAAGCCAGAAUUAGGUGCCUAGGCAAUGAAUGGGGAGAGAUGGAUUUCUGCAAAUAUCAUGCUGGCUUUUGUGGAUUCUAGGUGGGGAGCUACCUAAACUGGUCAACAGGGGAUGCUGAGGAGAGGGGUGUGUCUAAGGCCUGCCCCACUCCUCUCAUGGAGUUAGUUACCCAUCUCUGCUUGUGAUCUAUAGCUGGGACCCCUUCUGGUGUCAGGUGGACUAGGCACCUGGAGGGUAUGAAAUUAAAGAAUAUGGGUUAGCUUAAAUUUGAUUGAGGUGUGUGUAUAUAUAUAUGUAUGUGUGUGUGUGUGUAUAUAUAUAUAUCUAUAUAUAUAUAUAGAUAGAUAGAUAGAUAUAUAGGGGUGUGUGUGUAUAUAUGUGUGUGUGUGUGUGUAUAUAUAUAUAUAUACACUCUGACUACCAAGUAGAAGGAAAGGCCUUGAAAAUAAAUGAGUUACGGUCAGAAGGAAUAAAGUAGGGAGGAAGUCUGGUUCGAAGAAUGAGAUAAUGGAAUAUUUCUAAAAAGACGACCUAUGAUCAACAAGAGUGAUUGCAGAUGGUUUUAAAUAAGACAAAAAUGUUUUAAAAUAAGCCAGCAUGGCCCUUUCCAUCCCACAUACCAGUGUUAAAGCCUAUAUGAACCCAGGUGCAAAGGAAAAACUGUUGGCCAGCAAAAAGGUGGGGAGGAAUGAGGGAGGAAAGGCCUUAGAAAGAAAGGAGGUUGCAAAUCUUAUCUGAAUUAAGACUAGAAGUUGGUCUGAAAUAGGUUUUAACUGAAGUCAGUAAUUCACAGUGACAGCACUUGUUUGUUAAAGGGUAUAAAAAGUAAUAGUUAGUGCUUUGCUAAUACCUGCCUGACCAUGUUGAAGCUGCCCAAUAUGGGUCUAAGCACUCCUGGGUUGCGUUUUUGUAAGUACCUUGAUCAAAUGCUUAUGUUUGUUAGUGUUUGGAUGUAUUAAAUUGCUGCUAUUUUGGCUUUUUA